CACAGUCGUGGGAUUGGAAAUGCGGGCCUGAUUGGGAACGUUCUUCGUGCAGUCUCGCGAGCGGAGCACGCUAAUACGAAACAGCCGUUCCCUUGAAAGAUGCAUCCCGCAUCGCGGAACGGAUCAUCGACGCUCAACUUUAUUUCCAAGCGCCGUUCGAAUCCCCGACAUUAACUGGACCACCAAAGCGCAAAUAGCCGGGGAAUUUUCUCGACGCGCGCGAGAGACCGGCCCCGUCGAUUAUUUACGUCGAUUAGCGUGGCUCCCUCGUUCGUUGCGACCGAUCGAAGACCGACCUUUACGAGCCAGAUCGAUCGUAAGAUCAGCCUCUCGAAACGGUUACGUGAAACGGCGAACAAACGUUUUUUAUCUCCUUCUUCUACGUUUGCGUAAGCCGAUGCCGUUAUUGCGUAAGCCUCGUUAGCGCCAUGCUGUGCACAUGCUGCGACUAAUGUCGUGUUCGUAUUAAAGUGUCAAGCUCGUGGUCGGAGCUGGGACUCGGGAUAACGGUCGCACGGGACCUUCGAUCGUGUCCCGUUUCGUUGCCGGACUAUACUUUCACUAAUUGCGAUACGAAUUCAUCUUUUAAAUUAAAUAACGAAACCGUCUUUGUACUCGGUUUCUUGAGACUCGAGAGCGAUCUCACAGGCGCGAGUAGCACUUUCUCCUCGCUCCUAUUUUCGAGCGACCGAUUGCGAGUCCCAGCCAGCGACUCGAUCGCCAACGCAUUCGGCUACACAUAGAGUCGCUAGUAAACGAGUGUCUAGUACGCUGGAGUGUACAGAGUGGGUGGAAGAGACGGGACCAGGAUGGAAAGUGAUAUACACGUCUACGUUUCCAGAAAUCGUUGUCGAUGGUCGAGGAAACGGUCUUCCGGCUCCGAGAAACAGAAAGUCGCGUAUUCCGCGAGCGUCGUGAUCGCCUUUCGACUGGAGGAUUUCCAAUGAAAAAAAAAAGUAAAAAAGAAAUCGACAUCGCGUUAUCGAGCCGUUUCUCGAUAAGGGGCGCGUUAUUACGCCAGGCAAACGAGCCCUAAUCGCCGGACGCAACGGGCACGAACCUCGGAGUCGGCUUGAAGAGAGUGUUAGUUAUAUCCUGUCGACUAAGUAGGGAUUAUAGGGAGAAAAAGGGAUCAGUCCCUUUAUGGGGAUCGUGGAAGGAGGUGUCCUGUCGAGUUCUCGCGAGAUCCAGGCACCUCCCUGGUAGCUUAGAUGGGCGAGUGUUUUUAGUGGGUAGGACUUGGGAGGCGGCAGAGAUGGGCAAAACUCUAGGCUUCGAAUGAAUCUGAAGUUUGCCGAUACGUUCGUCUCGUUUCUUCUUUCGAACAUUUUCCAGAGAAAGAUACGAGACAAACACAUCGGCAAACCUCAGAUUUAUUCGAAACUUAGGGUUUUGCCCAUCACUAGGAGGCGGACGAUGAGCUAUUGCUCGGCGACCGCCACCCUCGGAGAUCUCACUUUCACUCGAAAAAAAAAAAGUGGGGAUCGUGGAACCAUUGAUAAGCAGAACCUGGACGAUGUCGAGUAAUCAUUCCAGAGUUUGCAACGUCUGACUGAAACGUCUGACUCGAUACGGGUCGAGACUUCUUUCAGGACCUGAUCUUUCUUUCUCCCUAUAAUACGAGUCACUGACACGAAAUUGGGGCGUGCGUUAACCCUUUGGCUGCGAACUCCGUAUACUUACGACACAGAGAAUCCAAAACCUCAGAAACUUUAAAUUGACACGAGUUGCUUCGAAUGUAUCGACGCUUUCCUAACGUCCUGUAAAGGUUACGACUUCAAACGGCCGCGAUUUCAGAAAUCUCUUCUAUCGAAAUCGGCCUACGAGAAGGAUUUUAAGCGUUCGCUCUUCCGCGGCAUCGCGUUUCCCUGGUUUCGGUGUCCCGUAUCGCGGCGGUUGGUUUUCGGUCGAGGUCUCAGCCAAAGGGUUAAAUGCACCUGCGUGAAACGCGAGAAAAGGAAACACCGAGGCCACGGACGCAUCGUAAUUCCGUCCUCGUGUCGCGAGCACGUUAAUAGACCGGGGAUAACGCGUGGCCAGUUGUCCUCGCGUUAAUUUGUCAUCGUUGUAUGAUGUUUGUCUGCGUGUGUGUCUGCGCGCGUGUUUCAUCCUAAUCGAUGAAGCGAGGACGAAGGCUUAGGUCGAACAACGUUUUCAUUUCGUCGACCGACUCGGCGGGACCGAGCGAAAAGGUUCGAGUAAAUUUUUCGAAAACAAGGAACAAAGAGCAGCUUUCGCGAGCAACGCUCUCUUUUCUUUUUUUACUUUCUCUCCGUCUCUCUCUCUCGUUCUCUCUCGCUCUGGGCACGGACAUAUUAGGGGGAAAGUAUACUCCCGCUCGAAAAUCGAUCGACCUACAAACCCUCGUAAUGGAAUGCAAAAAUUCGACGGGCAACCCAUUCAGGAUUCGAUUCGUGUAGCUCAACUGCAGUCUCUCGAUCAACGCCGAGAGAGACUGUUUCGAAUUCGUCGCUUUUUCAGCUUGACUUUUUCAAAACAGACACGUCACUCCGUAGGCCCUCCACGGAAGAUGUCGGCGCUCGAUACGCGUACUUUCGUGCCGAUUCGACGAGCUGUAAACGCGUUAGGUCGGACCCUUCUGCGCGAAGUGGGUCAACCGAGCCAUUUCGCCUGGGUCGCAAGUUUACGCGAAAAGGACAGUUACGAAUUCCUCUUACUCUCACGGCGAUUCGGUAACCGUGCUAGCUUCGAAUAGGAAAAGCGAUAUAUUACAUUGGAAAUCUCUAAAUGGAAUGGAUAAUUUCUUUGCGCCGUUGGCGCCUUUAAAAUAUAAACGGGCCGCGAAACUCUUGACCUCGGAGUGCGCGCAAAACGUGGCUGUUUUUUUCAAUCAAGCGUCAAAGGCUCGUGAACUUUUCCAUAUCGGCGAUCGACUAGAAAAUCCAAACCUCGGUAGAACGAACAUAUUUCGUGUUCGCGGUAUUGAUAACGGCAAGGUAAAUGUCCCAAUUGUCGACGCAAUUUCUGCCAACAGUUCCUUUAACGUUUAUUCGAUACAAAUUUCGCAAGAUACAUUUCGAAAUCUCUACAUGCGUAUAUUCAAAUUCGAAGAGUCUAUACGUCUACACGUAUUCAUGUAUUCAAAUUUUAUGGAUUUACGUUGCAUGUACUCGUCUAUUCAAAUUCGAGCCAUCUACAUAUUACACAGCUUUCGCGUUAAGACUGAUCAAAAAUCGGCCUAUUUUUUACGCUAGUUACACCCCUCGAAUCCGUAAGAAACGAUCCAAUGAUCGAGUAUUCGAGUACAGGCGCCCCAGUCACCGGUUAGGUCGUCCGCAAACGGAGCUACUCGUAAGAAACGUAAUUGGUUGGCGAAUUACAUCACAAACUAGUUACUUACUGGUCGGUGAGUCGGUUCCGCACACGCAAUAGUCAACAACAGCACACGCUACUCAAACGAUAGUAACAGAAGUUGCUUCGGUCAAGUGUGAUCCACCGUACAAGUUAGUAAAGUUAUGUCAAAUACUGACUCUAGCGACGAGGAAAAUAUUAGGUCUACCGGCAAGUUCUGUCCGUUUUUAGAAUGAAACAAAAUAAUAAAUUUCUCAUACCUUGAAUAAAUUUGAUCGAACAAUACAAUUUUUAUCAAUAUUUAUGACAUCUUGCCAGCGUGAUUGCGAAUGCGAAACUUGUUGUAACCCGAACGGACAGAACUUUUCGGUAGACCUAAUAUGAUACUCUAGCGUCAUUAUAAAAGACGAAUACGCAGAAAGAGAGAAUACUGGGUUCACCCACAUCUCGAAGAAAACAUCAACUGUCGAUUAUUUUUUAAAGUUAUUACUUUCCAUCGAAUGUCGAAACGGAGUUGUAUGGAUCCGGUGCAAACGAUUGCUCCAGUCAUAAGAAAGCAAAAUGCAAAUAUGAGAGAAUGAGUGAGUGCCGAAGAAAAGGUAUCAAUUACACUCAGGUAAUCCCGUAAACCCGACGGGUAGAAUGGAGCAGGAAUUGGACGGGCGUAUCGUGGGCGGAGAGGCAACCACCAUCGACCAAGCUCCGUACCAAGUGAGCUUACAGACGUCUAACCGUCACUUCUGCGGGGGUAGCAUAAUCGCCAAGAACUGGGUGUUGACCGCUGGUCAUUGCGUCCACUACAGUCCCAAUUCGCUGACGAUUCGUACAGGCUCGACCAACGUCAACGCCGGUACGGUGCAUCGAGUGCAGCAAGUGAUCAGACACAAGAGCUACAGCAACGAAAACGGCACCCCUGUAAACGACAUCGCUCUUCUCCGCGUGGUGGACUCGGACGCGUUUAAAUUCGACAAAAACCAAAAGGCUGUCCCAUUGUUCCAAGGAAGUUCCGCGUCUCUGGUUGGUAAAUCCGGAUUGGUGACCGGUUGGGGCGUCACGAAUUCUGGAACACCGAGGAAUCUUCAGAAAGUCUCGGUUCCGUUGAUCUCGAGGGAGUCGUGCGUCGCUGCCUACAAGCACGAUGGCGGCGUUCCUGUCGGAGAAAUUUGCGCUGGUUUCACGAAGGGAGGCAAAGAUUCCUGCCAGGGUGACUCCGGUGGUCCGUUGGUCGUUAACGGAAAACUCGUCGGUAUCGUUUCCUGGGGACAAGGAUGCGGCGAACCAAACUACCCGGGAGUCUACACAGACGUGUCUUACUACCGUCAAUGGAUCAAACAAAACAGCGGAGUGUUUGUAUCUCGAUCUGACUCUCAACCUUUCUAUUCCUUAGCGAACCCCCUGAAGCACCCCCUUCUGAACCCGCUGACGCCCAGCGGCCAGAUAAUAGGCGGCCAGGCGAUCAGUAUCGAGAAGGUCCCGCACCAGGUCUCGCUCCAGAGCUCCGGCUUCGGCUUCUGCGGAGGUAGCAUCAUCUCCGACAAAUGGGUCGUCACCGCUGCCCACUGCAUGGUCUACCCAGCCGAUUGGAUCACGGUGCGCGCUGGCACGGCCACGAAAUCCGCCGGCGGAAGCGUACACAAAGUCGCGGAGGUAAUCGUCCACGAGCGGUACACGACCAACUGGCACGGCGUGCCAGAGAACGACGUGGCCGUCCUCAAAGUCAGCACGCCGUUCAAGCUGGACAAGACCCGUCAGCCCAUUAAGAUCUUCAAGCAAAACGAGGAGUCGAUCGUCGGUAUCAGCGCAUCCGUGACUGGAUGGGGAGCGACCAGAGAGGGCGGCAGCACCACGGACAUCCUCCAGGCCGUCGACGUUCCCAUCGUCUCCAAGAAGGCUUGCAACGACGCAUACAAAUCGUACGGAGGCGUUCCUCAAGGACAAAUCUGCGCCGCUGUUCCCGAGGGAGGAAAGGACGCCUGCCAAGGAGACUCGGGUGGCCCUCUGACCAUCGGCGGUCGUCUCGCCGGUCUCGUGUCCUGGGGCUACGGCUGCGCCAGGAAGAAUUACCCCGGAGUUCACACCGAGGUCGCUGCUUUCAGCAACUGGAUAGUCUCCAAGACAGGAGUCAAGGUAUAAACCGGAUAACGGAUGACCGGCGCAAUGGAUUCUUUUACGACGACUCACUUUGUAUUUUUAAUCACUUUGUAAAUUUAAUAAGCGGCCAGCGGUGACUGGACCGGGUUCAAUAAAAGCAGCAUCCAAUGUAUUACUUGAAUUUAUUCGAAACCCUCUACCAUAGCGAUCCUUCACAUCUUAACAUUUUUAUAGGGCAGAACUUUCUGGGCGUUUCUUUUUUCACUUUCUUUUCGUCGUAAUCAAUUUGCUUUAUCUCGGGCUCGCGCCAUUUCAAUGUAAAAUAUUCAAUAUAGUCUUUUAUUU